UACCUGGCGCUCGUGGUCAAUAAUAAACGUGUUUUCACUGAUGCUGUGUGUGUACUGUAUGGACCCAGAAACUGUCCCUCCAUCUUCUGCGACCACAACAGGGUCCCACCACCACCACCACCAUCAUCCUCAUCAUCACCCCAGAAACUGCACAUCCCGCCUGUCGUGAACCAGCUGAGGAAGCAGCACCGCCCGGCUGAGCUGCAGCUGUCCGCCCGGCGCAUGGAAGCUCCAGGACAAUGGCAGAGGAUGUGGGGAUCCCUCUGUCGUGUACCAACAACAGGUCGCGUGGCUAAUCCCCUCCACUUCUCCCCCGUGUCAUCUCAUGUUUUGGAUGAUUAGAGCGCCGCUGUCGGCCUGAUGUGGCAAGAGAACCGUGCGGGGCUUCUCGUCCUGGCUGUCGUCUGAGGAGGAUAACGGCGUGGAGCAGGAGGAGCAGGUGUAGUGUAGCUGGGGGCUCAGCAGGAUGGAAAUAGAUUCUCGUUUUCGUUACUACUUUCAGCACCCGUGGUCGCGUCUUAUCGUGGCCUACCUCGUCACCUUCUUCAACUUCCUCAUCUUUGCCGAGGAUCCCGUCUCUCACAGUCAGACGGAGGCCCAUAUGAUUGUGGUGGGCAACUGCUUCUCUCUGCUGUUUAACAAGUAUCCGGGCCUCAAAUGGAACAUCCUGAAAGUAAUAUGCUGGAUCCUGGCCAUCAUCACCGGCAUGUUAGCCGGGAAGUUUAUAUUCCAUCGUCAGCUCUUUGGUCGAUACCUGCGCCUGAAAAUGUUCCGCGAGGAUCAUGGCUCCUGGAUGACCAUGUUCUUCAGCACCAUCAUCUUCCUCUUCAUGUUCUCACACAUCUACAACCUUUUUCUGCUGAUGGCCGGGAGCAUGGGGCCUCAUAUGGUGACAGAGUACAUGGUCAUCAGGAAUGAGAGUUUUAUGAAGAUCGCAGCAGUGGGUACAUGGAUGGGAGACUUUGUCACUGCUUGGAUGGUGACAGAUAUGAUGCUCCAGGAUGAGCACUAUCCAGACUGGGGCAAAGCUGCCAGAAGAUUCUGGAAACAAGGAAAACGCAGGAUCUUUCUCUUCUGGUCAGUGCUAAUCUUUCUGACGUCACUGGUGCUUUUGGUCCUCAGUACCGACUGGAUCAGCUGGGACAACCUGAACCGUGGUUUCCUGCCCAGCGAUGAGGUCUCCAGAGCCUUUCUGGCCUCUUUUAUCUUGGUCUUCGACCUUCUCAUUGUCAUGCAGGACUGGGAGUUUCCUCACUUCAUGGGUGAUCUAGAUAUGAAUUUACCAGGGAUGUCAACAACACAUGUGAAGGUCAAGCUCCCUGUCUGCAAGGGAAUCUUCAAAGACGAGUACCACAUUCAUAUCACAGGUAAGUGGUUCAACUACGGCAUCAUCUUCCUCGUGCUGAUUUUGGAUCUCAACAUGUGGAAGAACCAGAUCUUCUACAAACCCUAUGAAUACGGCCAGUAUGUUGGGCCCGGUGAGAAGAUCUACAUCGUGGAGGAACCGGAGACACUCAGCGAAUUCAACCGCAGCACGCUCACCUACGAGUGGCGCUCCACCAACAUCAAUCCCGUCACCAACCUGAGCUACGUGGAGCAGGACGUGUUCCUCCACAGCCGUUACACUGGAGCCAGCAUGGACAUCAAGUGCCUGGCGUUCAUCCCGAGUCUGGGGGCUUUUGUCCUUUUCGGGUUCUUCGUCUGGCUGUUUGGGCGCUUUCAGGAUAGCGAGUCGUUCACAGAAAAUCCAGACAAAACAUAUGAAAGAAUAAAAAGGAAGUCGCCCUCAGAGUACAGUAAGGAGAUGGGCGCGUCACCGGAGGAAACGCACGUGUCGAUGAGCGAGACCCUGAAGCAAACGGGAACGCCCAUGCUCCUGUCAGUGGACGGGCCACAUUUCAGAGCAUCUCCCUCCUCAAACUCCACUUAUUCCAUGGAAACCCAAGAGACACAUCCGAGCAUUGUGAUCGACAACGCAGAGCAGGAGGAACCAGCAGUCUCUUUUGAUGUCCACAAACCCUCUCCGUGACCUUAAGAUCUCAUGAGACUUUGAACUGUAAGACUGCAGACAGCCACGCAGGAGAUCGAUACGCUUUUCUCCGGAUAAGACCAAACUGUUGCAGGAAGACGUUCGAUCCAGCGCGUUAUGAGAUUCAAAUGAAGGACAAAGUGAUAUUGACCAAGCUAAUGUGACGGCGGCCGCAGUUGUAUUGACACAUUUUUGUAAACAGAACCUUUUUAAAAAGCCCCAGAAAGCGGCACCGAUUUCCACAACGAACACGUCUUUGAAAACAGAAUGCAAACACACCGCCAUCAUCAUCGAUAAGGUGCUCGCUCCGAUUUAGCAUUUUCCAUCACUCUACUCGGUCAUGGCUGAUGAUUUUGGUCGGUGCUUAUAUCACGGGAGUACUGCAGAAUCAUACCACUGUAACAACUACAGUAGUGCCUUGAUAUUUCAUAUAUUGAGAUACUAACAGAAACGACUGUCUUUACCACUAUAGAAAACCAACCAGAAGAUGUCAUUGUUGUGGCGUGCUAUGUUAGUGUUCGAUAUAUGCUUUCAUGUACGGACAAUUGUUACCUCCUUGUGUCAGCCACGUCCUGAUUGCUUAUGCGGCUGCUGCACCUCAUAGCCUGAAUACCAACAGAGUGUGAGCUGGUGGUUCUGCCCUUGGCAUAAACACGUGAUCUGAAGUGCGGGGAGACGCUUCUGCUCCAGAACUCUGGGCUUCUCUUUGUCUAAAACGGUCCUUGAAGGUUUUAGAAACUGUUGUAAAUGCAUGAAAACAUUUAUUUAAAAGAUCCUACUGUAAAAGAAAGAAAAUAAUAUCAAACACAGCUAAAAACCUGAAGCUCUUAUCUUUCCUCUGGCUUUGACCACUGCCCUUUAAAAAUAUUUUUUUUCUUUCUGGAAUGCAGUUUCUCAAAAAUACAAAUACUUUGGUCCAAAAAGGUGUUCCAUUUGAUUUUGAUUUUCCUUUAAGUACAAACUAAAUGAUUACCAAGUGUAUUGUGUACAAAGGAAUACAUAUACGUAACCAAAGAUGCCAAAUAAGACUUUUCUUAAAUGUAUGCAUUAGAAACUACACUAAUUGUAUCCUUUUAUCCAAAAUCUACUCAUGGACACACUACUCUGCCCACAGUAUGUAUAUGCUAGUCAAAGUGAGUUGAUAUAUAUGCUAUUGCAUCGCUCUGCAUUAUAAUACAUUAUUCUUUAACAUCUUUCAGAAAACGACGUAUCCACUGAAGAAAGUUUAGGUUUUCCUCCUUUGAUGCUCAAGUUUCCUCACAAACGAUGAUGUACUCAGCAGUACAGACCUCUGCAGGGCUUCAUUAAUAUCAGUAUCAAUAAACUGAUGAGUCUUAAAACUCUGACAUCUCACUGAGACAUCAUGCUGUAUUAAUAAUCUCUUAUUUUGUUUGUUUAUGAUCCAUUUUUCAUGCCCAUAACUGAUGGGAAUGAAUAACAAUGGAACUGUUUUAUCUGCUGCUGAAACCUUUACAGUUUUCCAUUUAGUGAUUACUGCACCACUGAUGGAUGAUGAACAACACAAAUGGUUAAAAUGGUGUGAACCUAAGUUCCAAAGUAAUAGAGGCUUUAGCCCAAAUAAGCGGCUCUUUGGGGCGUGAUUGACUUCAUUUGAGAGGAGAAACGGCGCUCGUGUCUUUAAUGAACAAGACGUUUCUUCAAUUGAGGCGAUCACUAAAUGGAAGUGGUACGCGCUACCAUAAUAAAUUGCUUUUGAAAAUAGAACCGAUUCGUUAAUUGGUUAUCACUAGUUGUGAUCAGUUCUCUGUGUGUGUACAUUAUGGGGGGGAGGAGGCAAAAGACACUUAAUAGUGCAUGAUGUGUGUGAGUGUAGGUUUUUUUUCCUCUUUGUACUCUUUGCACUGGAGGCUUGUGAAGUGUUUACUAUACUUUGAUCCUGUUAAAGGCAAAUCUGUGAAGAGGUCACUUCAUUUAGUAUAAUUGUUUUCCAGCUCUCGGUUCUGUGAUUUUCCUUUAACGUUACAUCACAGCUCUGUGAAGACUUUGUGUUUGACCAAAGGGCAGAACCUCGUCUGACCUCAAGGGAGUCCAAUAUGUUUUAUUUAAUGUAUUUGUGUUUAGAAUAAAAGUGAGUGCGUUUCUCCGC